AUGAUCGGCAAUUUCUCUUUCUUCCUCCUCUUCAUCUCUGUAUUCGUUUCCUCAGCUAAUGCCAAGGAGGCACUUUCCAUUUCCCCCAAAACUCUGAAUCGAUCUGGCGAUUCCGUCGUCAUUCAAUGGUCCGGCGUCGAGUCUCCGUCUGAUCUCGAUUGGCUAGGCAUCUACUCGCCGCCGGAUUCUCCUCAUGACCACUUUAUCGGUUACAAAUUCCUUAAUGUCUCCUCGACGUGGAAAUCUGGUUCCGGUUCGAUUUCCCUUCCUGUCACCAAUCUCCGUUCGAAUUAUUCAUUUCGGAUCUUCCGUUGGACCCAAUCCGAGAUCGAUACGAAACACAAGGACCAUGAUCAGAACCCUUUACCUGGAACCAAGCAUCUUCUAGCCGAAUCGGAGCAGCUGACAUUCGGAUCCGCCGUCGGCAUGCCGGAGCAGAUCCAUUUGGCCUUCGGGAGUAAGGUCAACAGGAUGCGGGUUAUGUUCGUAGCUGGGGAUGUAGAAGAACGCUUCGUGAGAUACGGAGAGGCGAAGGAUUUGUUAGGAAACACCGCGGCGGCGCGUGCGAUCAGGUACGAGAGAGAGCACAUGUGCAAUUCCCCGGCUAACUCCACCAUCGGGUGGAGAGAUCCUGGUUGGAUUUUCAACACCGAGAUGAAGAAUUUGAAUGGAGGCGUUAGGUACUACUAUCAGGUUGGGAGUGAUUCAAAGGGAUGGAGUGAGAUCCAUAGCUUUAUAGCUCGAGAUGUUACCGCAGUAGAUACCGUAGCCUUCAUGUUUGGAGACAUGGGUUGCGCAACACCUUACACGACGUUUAUCCGCACACAAGACGAGAGCAUUUCGACGGUGAAGUGGAUCCUCCGUGACAUUGAAGCUCUCGGUGACAAGGCAGCUAUGGUUUCACACAUUGGAGAUAUAAGCUAUGCGCGGGGUUACUCGUGGGUUUGGGACGAGUUCUUUGCUCAGAUCGAGCCCAUUGCCUCGAAAGUUGCUUACCAUGUCUGCAUUGGUAACCACGAGUACGAUUUUCCUGCUCAGCCUUGGAAACCAGAUUGGGCAGCUUACGGAAACGAUGGUGGCGGCGAAUGUGGUGUGCCGUAUAGUAUCAAGUUCGACAUGCCUGGAAACUCGUCAGAACCGACGGGAACGAAAGCUCCUCCGACGAGGAAUCUGUAUUACUCUUAUGAUAUGGGAUCGGUCCAUUUCCUUUAUAUCUCCACAGAGACGAACUUCCUUAAAGGAGGGAGUCAGUACGAAUUCAUAAAGCAAGAUCUAGAGUCUGUGAACAGGAACAAAACGCCGUUUGUUGUAGUGCAAGGACACAGACCCAUGUACACGACGAGCAACGAGGUGAGAGACACUUUGCUUAGACUGAAGAUGGUUGAGCAUUUGGAGCCUCUGUUUGUGAAGAACAACGUCACGCUUGCUCUGUGGGGACAUGUGCAUAGAUACGAAAGGUUUUGUCCGAUAAGCAACAACACUUGCGGCAAGCAGUGGCAAGGAAGCCCGGUUCAUCUUGUGAUCGGUAUGGCUGGUCAAGAUUGGCAACCGGUUUGGCAGCCGAGACCGAACCAUCCAGAUCUUCCCAUAUUCCCUCAGCCUGAACAGUCAAUGUACCGUACGGGUGAGUUCGGAUACACACGUUUAGUUGCAAACAGAGAGAAGCUCACUGUUUCGUUUGUGGGUAACCAUGACGGAGAGGUUCACGAUACUGUUGAGAUGUUAGCAUCUGGGGAAGUAAUCAGUGGGAGCAAAGAGGUUACUAAAAUCACAAAACUUGAAACCGUUCCUGCUUCUGCUGCUACACUAGUGGGGAAAUCCGAAUCCAGUGUCUCGUGGUAUGUCAAAGGAGUAAGCUUGCUGGUUAUGGGCGCGCUUGUAGGGUUUAUUGUCGGAUUUCUUACGCAUGGAAAGAAAGUAUCUUCAUCUGGUAACCGUUGGAUCCCGAUCAAGAACGAGGAGACAUGA